CAAGAGAUUCUUUUUUUUUUCUACGAAUUCAGAUUGUCACAGGGGGAAAUGAGAACAAGCUAUUACUUACUAGAAUUACUGCAACCACUUGAAGAAAAGAGGUGACAUGAAACAGCAAGGACACGAAAAACUCAGUCCUGUUGCAGAAUGCCUUCAAUCCGCCAUCUUUUUUUUUUCCUUCCCCUGUUCUUGAGAAUAGGAAUAACAAGCACAAAACGCAAGGUGGCGCUGCUGGCUAAAAAGAGAAGGGGGAAAAAUAUCCUCACAAAGAGUGUUACAGAUUCCAGCGUAAAGGGAAGUCUGGCCAGAAGGGAAGAGGAAAGGAUAUCGCGGAGAUAAGCGUUAGGGAAAAGUGGGGAUCUCUCCCCACGAGAAAUGCCCUUAUCCCACCAUCUCUAAGGAUUUAGUUCCAGCCCUUUCUGAGAGCUGCUUGAGGCCCAGAGGUUCUGUUUUUGAAAGAUUGACAAAUAAUGGAGGCCAGUGGGGAGCGCGCUGUACAGAAAAGGCAAGUCCUGUUUUUCUGUUUAUUUCUGGGAGUGUUUGGGGCUGGCGCGGAACCGCUUCGGUAUUUUGUGGCGGAGGAAACUGAGAGAGGAACUUUUCUGGCCAAUUUGGCCAAUGACUUGGGGUUGAGGGUGGGAGAACUCUCAGACCGACGGUCUAGAAUUGUUUCAGACCAGAACAUGCGAUUUUUGCUGCUCAAUUCGCUUACUGGUGAUUUACUACUAAAUGAGAAAUUGGACCGGGAAGAACUAUGCGGCCCCACAGAGCCCUGUGUGCUUCCUUUCCAGUUGUUAUUGGAAAAGCCUUUUCAGAUUUUCCGUGCUGAACUACAAGUCAGAGACAUCAAUGAUCAUUCUCCAGUCUUUCUGGACAAAGAGAUUCUCUUGAAAAUAUCAGAAAGUACAAAUCCAGGUGCAGCAUUUCCUUUAGAAAGUGCACAGGAUUCAGAUGUUGGAACCAACAGCCUGAGUAAUUACACCAUCAGCCCUAAUGCCUAUUUUCAUAUUAAUGUCCAUGUUGGUGGGGAUGGGAAUCUUCUUCCUAAAUUGAUACUGGAUCAAGCGCUGGAUCGAGAGGAGAUACCUGAGCUCAGUUUAACCCUCACGGCCUUGGAUGGCGGCUCUCCGGGCAGAUCCGGAACCACGCUAUUACGCAUCCUGGUGGUAGAUGUCAACGACAAUGCCCCUGAAUUUGUGCAGUCGCUCUACAAAGUGCAGGUACCUGAGAACAGCCCGGUUGGCUCCCUGGUCGUCACUGUCUCAGCUAGAGAUUUAGAUACAGGAAGUUACGGGGAAAUAGUCUAUGCAUUUUUUUAUGCCACUGAAAGAAUUCUCAAAACAUUUCAAGUCAAUUCAACAUCUGGAUAUCUUUAUCUUAAAGCCAGAUUGAACUAUGAAGCAAUUCAAACUUAUACAUUAACUAUUCAGGCCAAAGAUGGUGGAGGACUUUCUGGAAAUUGUACAGUGAUUGUUGAGGUAACAGAUAUAAAUGAUAAUCCACCAGAAAUUCUCAUAUCAUCACUUACUAGUCCAAUUGCAGAAAACUCACCAGAGACCGUGGUUGCUGUUUUUAGGAUUAGAGACAGAGAUUCAGGGAACAAUGGGAAAAUGGUGUGCUCCAUCCAGGAUGAUCUCCCCUUUGUCCUGAAGCCAUCUGUAGAAAAUUUCUAUACAUUGGUAACAGAGAGAUCUCUGGAUCGAGAGCAGAACACUGAAUACAGCAUCACAAUCACUGUCACUGACUUGGGGACACCAAGGCUGAAAACUGAACACAACAUUACUGUCCUUGUCUCUGACAUCAACGACAAUUCCCCUGCCUUCACACAAACAUCUUACACGCUGCUAGUGCAUGAGAACAACCAGCCCGCCCUGCACAUCGGAAGCAUCAGCGCCACAGACGGAGACUCAGGCACCAACGCCCAGAUCACCUAUUCACUGCUGCCAACCCAGGACCCACACCUGCCCCUCACCUCGCUGGUCUCCAUCAACGCAGACAAUGGGCAGUUGUUCGCGCUGAGAGCACUGGACUUCGAGGCCCUGCAGGCAUUCGAGUUCCACGUGGGCGCCACCGACCAAGGCUCGCCCGCGCUCAGCAGCCAGGUGCUGGUGCAAGUGGUGGUGCUGGAUGAAAAUGACAACUCGCCCUUCGUGUUGUACCCAAUGCAGAACGCCUCUGCGCUCUGCACCGAACUGGUGCCCAGGGCGGCAGAGCAGGGCUACCUGGUCACCAAGGUGGUGGCGGUGGAUGGAGACUCGGGCCAGAACGCCUGGCUGUCAUACCAGCUGCUCAAGGCCACGGAGCCAGGGCUGUUUGGCGUGUGGGCCCACAAUGGCGAGGUGCGCACCACCAGGCUGCUGAGCGAGCGCGACGCGGCCAGGCACAGGCUGGUGGUGCUGGUCAAGGACAAUGGCGAGCCUCCGCUGUCUGCCAGUGUCACGCUGCACGUGCUGCUGGUGGAUGGCUUCUCCCAGCCCUACCUGCCACUCCCGGAAGUGGCGCCCGAGCGCGCGCAAGGGGACUCGCUCACUAUCUACUUGGUCAUCGCCUUGGCCUCUGUGUCGUCGCUCUUCCUCUUCUCUGUGCUGGUGUUCCUGGCGGUGAGGCUGUGCAGGAAGCGUAGGGCGGCGCCGCUGGGUGUGUGUUCUGUGCCUGAGGGCCACUUUCCGGGCCACCUGGUGGAUGUCAGUGGCACCGGGACACUGUCUCAGAGCUACCAGUAUGAAGUGUUUCUGAAAGGAGGUUCAGGGACGAACAGUGAGUUCAAGUUCCUAAAACCAAUUUUCCCCAAUAUACUAUCCCAGAGCAUAGGGAGGGAAGUGGAGGAAAAUCCCUCAUUUCAGAAUAAUUUGGGUUUCUCAUAAAGAAUGAUAAAUAAGCCCUUCUGUCUGAAUAUAUCCUCUGUCUGAGGAUAUAUUCCUAGUUAGAAACUUACCCUGGAUACCUGUAAAGAAGUGACUUUGCAGUAUUUCAAGAACUCUUAAAGUCAAAAAAGGAUCCAGCUUAAUUCCCAAGAACCAUCCACAAGCAUGAAAUAUAUAUAUGUCAUGUUUUAUUCCAAACAAUUAUGCUUAAUGUGCAGUUGGAGAAGUUUAAGGGCAGUUAAAUUUAUUUAGAGUUAUUUUAAAUUGCUCUCCAUUGUCUACAUUCUUUAUUGCUAAUUUUCAUAGUUGACUGGGAUUCUGUAAAAGUGUACCUACUAUAAGUUUGGGGAGCAGAGAUUGUAGAGUAUUUUCUAAAGAUUUUUUUUCAAAGCACAUAUGGUCUAGCAUACACUAUCUUAACACAAUUAAUCGUCAAUGAAACCUAUGAGGGGAGGAAUUUCAGAAGUGAGCUAAUAUUUAGUCAUAGUGACUCAGUAAGGUCACCAACUAGUAAAUAGCAGAACUGAGAAUCUCCUAGUUAUUUUUGUUGGUAUCAUGGCACCAAUGCUAUACUGUUUUCUGUCAUUAGAUAGCACUUGGCAUGUUUCUAAACAAUAAAAGAGUUUUUUAUCACA